GUUACAAUUCUCGUCUGCUGACUAUUUCAUGAGUUUGGACAUACGUGGAUGACCGAUCUCUUACAUUUCGUUGUUAAUACUUUCUGAGUUUUGUUUAGAGUUGUUGUGCAUGAAUAGGUUACUUUAGUAUUCAAGUAAAGUCGCACGUGGUUUAGACAUUAAACUAAGGUGUUUUAUUAAAAUAAUGGCUUUGAAAGGAAAGGAAAAAAGUUUAGCAGAUAAAAUUAAUUCAUUAGUUACUCCAACACCAACAAAUUUUGAUUCUGACGAUGAAGCUGAAGAUACAAAAGCAAAAGUUAUUGAACACGAAAGUGACGAAAGUGAUAAUUCGAAAAGCAAUUUUGAAGUUUCAGAACUACGUAAACGAAAUAUAGAUCCUUUGGAUCAAAUAGACGAAAGGUACAAAGGUAAAAAAGUUUCAAGAAAAGAUGUAUAUCACCAUGUAGAUGAUUUUAAUUCAUAUAACUCGUCAGAAAGUAUGGAGGAAAGUGAUGACGAUGUAAGUGAUAAUGAUAUUGAUGAUGAAAACGAUGAUCAUAGUAAUGAAAAUGUUGAAAAUUAUGAUGAUAGUGACUAUGAAAAUGAAGAAAAUAGUAAUGAAAGCGAUAAUCUAAAUGAAUUAAGCAAUGAUAGGGAAAGUGAUUUUGAGCAGCAUUUUGGAAAUAAACAUAAAGUUACUUUUAAAGAUAAAAAUAGUAGUGAUGAUAUUUCAACACAAGAAGAGAAAGAUUUUCGUACAAUGACACAUACAAAUGUGAAAGCUGAUAUUGAUAAAGGCAAUUGUGUCAGAAGUCAAUUAAAACUCUGGGAAAGUUUAUUAGAAAUAAGAAUAAAAUUACAAAAGUGCUUAACUACAAGCAAUCAAAUGCCUCAAUAUGAUGUUUAUAAAAAUUUUAAAACAAAUGCAGAAUAUACAAAAAAAGCUGAUGAAGCUAAAAGUAAAUUGAAGACGUUAUUAAACAAUAUGUUACAAUUGCAAAAUUUUCUUUUAAAACAGUAUCCUGAAACAAAGAAUCUGCUUACACAAAACAAUAAAAGAAAAACUGAAGAAAAUAUAGAUGAAGAACAAAUGGACAUGAAUGAUUCAUUAGAUGAAGAAAUUCCUUCAGACACUGAAGAUGAGAAUGAAGCUAAAAAUACAUUAGUUUCAACUGAAAAUGUUGCAGAUUGUAAUGAAUACUUAUUUAGGAAGAAAAUGAAACUUAAUGAUUAUGAAAAAAUAUUAAACGAAAAUCAUAAAUCAUACUCAGAUUAUAGGAAUUCAGUUAUACAAAAGUGGAAUGAAAAAACAAAAAUAGCUACUGGUAAAUUAGAAAAAAAUAUGAAUGAAUCUACCUUAAAACAAAUUGAAUUUGCUUUAAGUGAUAAAGAAAAAGCACGUAAGAAAAGUCGACUAAAGCGUUCAGAAUAUAAAAUUAUUGGCAAGAUAGAAGCAGAAGAUGAUAAUGAUGGUAGAAGAAUUCAAGAACAUGACUCUGAAAUUUAUGAUGACGAUGAUUUUUACCACCAAUUAUUAAGAGAUUUAAUUGAAUAUAAAUCAAGUGAUAUUACUGAUCCCAUACAACUUAGUAAACAAUGGAUUCAAUUACAAAAUAUGCGAAGUAAAAUAAAAAGAAAAAUAGAUACCAGAGCUACCAAAGGUAGAAGAAUAAGAUAUAAUGUACAUAAUAAAUUGGUAAAUUUUAUGGCUCCUAUUACAGUAAAUGAUACAUGGACAGAUCAUGCGAAAGAUGAGUUGUACAGCUCCUUAUUUGGUAAAAUUAAACCAACAAAUAGGGAAGUUAAUAAUUAAGUUCAGAGUAAUUAAUAGAUCUGUAGAUAAUUUUAUAUACUAUGUUAAAAAUGUAAGGCUUAUAGAAAUUUUGUAAUUUAUGUAGAAAGAAUUACAGUUG